AGUGUAGAGCUGUGGAGGAAAGCAGUGCAGCUUUAACAAAAAUACCAUUAACACAGCAUCAUAAUGACAGACUCAGCGAUACCUGAAGCUGUUUAUGAAAACUUUAAUAUCGAAGGACAUCUUUACCUGAAGACACAUGCACAGAAACACCAGCCACCUCAAAUCACAGGAAGCGUCUCGGUGAAGAGCAGAAAGCAGAGAGCAGUUGAAGUGUGUUUGGGAUUGUUGUGUGCUCUUCUGCUGACGGCUGUAAUAAUGGUCUGUGUGUUUUUCAUCAUUCAGAGAAAACACUUACUAACACACAUCACUGAACUCAAUGAAGAACGAGAGGAGAUACUAAACAACAUCACCAACCUCAACGAGGAAAGACAACAUAUAAUAAACCAGAUUGAUGAACUACAGCUUGGCUUUUAUGAGCAAGAUCAGCUUGAUGACAACUUUAAGUGGAUUUACUACAACUUCAGUUUCUAUUAUAUUUCAUCUGAGAAGAAAAGCUGGAGUGACAGCAGACGAGACUGUCAACAGAGAAAAGCAGAUCUGGCUAUAAUAAAGAGCCCAAAGGAAAAAGAGUUUUUACUGAAGGUUGCUGCUUCGGAUUCUUAUUGGAUUGGUCUGACAAAGAAAUAUAAUAGACGGUGGUAUUGGGUCGAUGGCAGUUCAUUUUUGACAGAUUGGUACUUGCUUCGAUACAGUUAUUAUGACUGUGCUAUGAUAACUUCAGUUUCAGUCUGGAGAGGAGAGUCAUGUGCUAAUUUAAACAAAUGGAUCUGCAAGAGAACAGUUACAAAAAUUACUUAUUAAAUAAAAUAAAAAUGUAUGUGAAAUAAAUUAGUGUUGUAAACCCAAAAUGGCAGUUGCUUUGUAAUUGUUAUCCCACCACUGUACAGUACAAGUUAUUUGGGAUUUUAGCAUCUUUCUGACAGCAAAAUGUGAAUUUAAAUGCAGAGUGUAUCAUGUAGGAAACAAUUCCAACUCUAAAAAUAAGUCUUACAUGGAAGAAUCAUCUGAAUGUUUUGUGUAAAUAAAUUUUAAUUUGUAAUAA